UGCAAACGAAGAAACUACCAAUCGAAGGACCAUUCUUGGGUCCUCACGUUUCCCAACAUGAUGAGCCACUAGGGGGAGCCACGACCUCAGCCUCCCCAUGGCGACUCGGUCCUCCACUAGCGGGCUGCAGAAGCCCGUGUUGGCUUUACGGAAACGACCCGAUCACGUUUGACUUCUGAAUCCGAAGGACACAGAAACGGUUACGCUAUUCGGUGUCCCUCGAUGCGUUGAAGCGAUACUUUCCAGGCGAUUUUGUGGAGGGAAUGAACAGUUAAGGGUCAUCAUGGGGCUGGUGGUUCCAGCGAAGUAGCCGAUGAGAUCUGCUCGACAUUAUUUCUGUAGGAUCCCCUCCAGGACCACCUGCUCUCCGGUCCUCGGUGCGCUACGCUGGGAUGCCCCUGGUCUCGUGUGGGAAGCGGCUGACGGGUUAAGGUUCUGAACGCUCGGUUUGACUCAGAGGACCACCUGGGUCCUGGUCGUCUUCAGGAACCCAUCGGGUCCUGGUCGUCUUCAGCUGCGCCCGUGGAUCUUCGUCCCGUUCUUCUCCAGGCGCCAAUAGGACAGAUUGAUAAAGAUGGAUCCCGGGAGCCAGGACCAAGGCCCGCGACCGUCUGACCACCCUGAGGGAGCGGAGGUCUUGGAGGCCCCCGGUCCGGGAGCCCCCCCACCACCGAAGACCCCUGAGGCCCCUCCCCCCGCCGCCCAGCCUAGGCCCCCCUCCAGCACCAGGCCCCGCCGUCCCCAGAGGACCCCCAGAGUGGAGGGGUCCGUCGACAUCCUUGAACCCAAGCAUGACACCGGAGCCGAGACCGGCCCCAGACCCGGACCGGCUGUUCCCAAUGACGACGCUGAAGAGUGCAGCACCGACGGAGCAGGGCUUAGCCAUCCCAAGCCCCCCGCGGCUGGCAGGAGCCCGGCAGACCCCCGGGGCCUGCGCACUAAAGGCCGGGCGGCCUCUGUCCCCUACGAGAGCGCGAUCCGACCCCCGCCCCCCCACCUCGCCCCCCACGCCCAGAGGGCCUUCUCUGUGGUGGGCACGGCGGACACACCGGCCCAGAGCCUGGAGGACUUCAGGGUGCACCUCAUCACCUGGAACGUGGGCUCCUCCAUGCCUCCUGACGACAUGACGGACCUGCUGGGGCUGCGGGUGGGCGACGGGAACACAGACAUGUACAUCAUCGGACUACAGGAAGUGAACUCGAUGAUAAACAAAAGGCUGAAAGACGUCCUCUUCACAGACCAGUGGAGCGAGGCCUGCAUGGACCGACUCAGCCCCUUCGGUUACGUGCUGGUGACGUCCCAGAGGAUGCAGGGUGUGCUGCUGCUGUUGUUCGCCAAGUACUACCAUCUGCCCUUCCUCCGAGGGGUCCAGACGGAGACCACCCGCACCGGCCUGGGGGGCUACUGGGGCAACAAGGGUGGCGUGAGUGCGCGCAUGUCGGUGUUCGGCCACACGGUGUGCUUCCUGAACUGCCACCUGCCCGCCCACAUGGAGAACUCGGAGCAGCGCAUGGAGGACUUUGAGAGCAUCCUGCAGCAGCAGACCUUCGAGGGCCAGGCCGCCACCGGGGUCCUGGACCACGACGUUGUCUUCUGGUUCGGGGAUCUGAACUUCCGGAUCAAUGACCUUGAGAUGCAGGUGGUGAAGUCCGCCAUCGAGAGCAACAAGCUCGCCGUGCUGUGGGAGAAGGACCAGCUCAACAUGGCCAAGGACAAUGAGGUGGUGUUGGAGGGCUUCCUUGAGGGUCCGCUGAAGUUCAUGCCCACCUACAAGUUUGACGUUGGAACAGACACAUACGACACCAGCGGGAAGAAGCGCAAGCCGGCGUGGACGGACCGCAUCCUGUGGCGUCUGCGGCCACCGGCGGCGAGCUCCGCCCCAAAGGCGGGGAAGCGUGCGUCCAUGUCGGGUCUGAGCUGCGGCACCAAGGUGACGCAGCACUGCUACCGCAGCCACAUGGAGUACACGGUCAGCGACCACAAGCCUGUGGCCUCCAUCUUCACUCUACAGUUCCCCUACAAGGUGGACUCGCCCCUGGUCACCCUGCUGGUGGAGGACGAGUGGACCAGUCUGGCCGAUGCCGUCGUUACGUUCAGAUUGGCUCCCAGCUACGCCCGCAGCUCCUGGGACUGGAUUGGUCUGUACAAGGUGGGGUUCAGGCACCACAAGGACUAUGUAGGAUAUGUGUGGGCCAAGCAAGAGGAGGCAGACUACCAGCGGCAAGAACAUCAGGUAACCUUCACUGAGGAGGAGCUCCCCAAGACCUGUGGCGACUUCAUCCUCGGUUUCUAUAGCAACAACAUGAACACCAUCGUGGGGGUGACCGAGCCCUUCCAGAUCCUGCUGCCCUCGGAGCAGCGAGACGCCAGCGCCUCAGACGACAGCUCUGAGGUCAGCUCGGAGGACGACUCCCCCGACGGCCCCCACGGCCCGACCAGGUCCCGGUCCCGCAGCCCCAGCCCCGGGCCAAGCGGGGCUCCGCGCCGCAACCACAGCCGCGGUCCCGACGCCCCCGAAGUAAGGGGGCUGAAGCUUGCCGACGCUGAGACCCACGCCCCCGAAGGUCCACCAGAGGUGGAGAGUCUCCCGGCCUCUGGCCCAGCAGAGGGCACUUCAGCUGGGGAGGCGGAGUUGUGAUGCAGACACCCCCCUCCAUCUCUCUCUCUCUCUCUCUCUCUCUCUCUCUCUCUCUCUCUCUCUCUCUCUCUCUCUCUCUCUCUCUCUCUCUCUCUCUCUCUCUCUCUCUCUCUCUCUCUCUCCAGUUGGGCUGUGAUGUAACUUGUUAUAUGCACUGUAGGUAGACACUGUGUGGUUCGUAGAGUGGAGUUCAUUAUAUGGAAACCAUUAUUUCAGGACUAAGGUUAGCCGUCAGGUCUAUUGAGGACGGAGGCUUACUUUCGGAGUUGAUUUUUAUUACAAGUUUCACGUUACACUAGCUUUACUUUUUUUAUACUUGUAUUCCUCUGCCUCUCUUCUACGUUGUGUGUCUUCUGUCUCUCUGGCUGAGCCAUCAGAGGGCUCGCUAAUGAGUUAUCACACUUUACCCAGCCCUCAUACAGACAGAAACCAAGACAGACCAAACGCUUCAAAAUAAGCCCACCGGCGUAUUUGACCACACGCGUUUCAUGAACAUGAGGAAACUGCCCUCAUGUUCUAGCAGGCGAAUAUACAUGAGAGAGAACCAUCCUCACACACCCUCCUCGGGAGCCAUCAAAUCCGGAUUGCAUUUUAAAAGGGGAAUGCAUCAUAAAGGUGACGUUUAUGAGAGACAGAGUUUACAGAGAGUACACUCGACCAAUAAGGCCAUAGUGACACAAGAACCCCCCCGCCGCCCCCCUGGGUCUGAUCAGGUCUGCCAUUAGAGACCUUAAGAACCUCAAGGUCAGUCUGUGGUCACGCCUUUGCUGUGAUGAUAACAACUCACAAUUCACACCCUUUGUUUCUACUCUAACAUAACCAUCACCUCAAUGGGAGCGUAGUGCCCUCCCAGUCCAUGCUGGUUUCCAUGGGUUCCGUUUAAAACAAGCGCUCCGCCUUCGGGUAACCUUCGUUAUCUUUCUCCUUUCUGCACUUUGACAGUUUUGUCCCUCUUUUAUUUGUCGAUGUCCCCUGAUGUCCCCACUGUUGGUUAAGAAGCAGGCGGUGCUCUCUGCACUACUUUGUGUCAGUUAUUAGCUUGUGAGAUUUUAGACAGAUUGAAAAACAAUGGUCAAUGAUUAGGCAAUGUGUAGCCUAGUACCGUAGCCUCGUCGUAAAUGUGUACACUCCUCUAUCAGUGUGUUUGUGUGUGUCAGUGUGUGUGUGAGAGAGAGAGAUGGUAUGAACGUUGUGAUGUUACUAGCUAGCUGUAAAAGAGCUGUGAAAGGCAUGGUUUGCUGCUCCAUGCUGUACACGCGGUACCGUGACUUUGUGCCGUAAAGUGCUGUUUUGACUCCUCUUUGUGAUGUCAGUGGCUGUGAGAAGUGUUAGAAGAAUUAUCGUGAGAACAUCAAAAAAUAUAUAUAAAAUGCCGUAGAGUCUAGGUGAUAACAUUUCAGUUUCAGAGUUUGCUUGCAUACGUUUUAUUUAAAUUCAGUCUCAUUAUGCAUCCAAAAGACAAUAUAAUUAGUAUGAUCUUUGUAUACAAUAUGAAGUUUUGAAUAGAUAAGAUCUGAAGUUAUCUUAGGUAAUCCACAAUGAUCCGAGCUGUAUUCAUAACGUUGGUUUUUACCAAACAAUUCUUACAAUGCAGGUAAGUGAAACUCUUGAUAUGUGAAACUAGAUUUUUGAAAUGUCUAAAGAAUGUUGUUCUAUAAUUAAUGUGUGUUUUAGAUAUACACGUUUGUAUUUAAGGGAAAUAUAACAGAUUGGGAUAUGAAUAAGAUGACAAUCUAUGCCAAAAAUAUAUGAAUUAUGAUGUAUUUAUUUUCUUAUUUAAUUCUGUGAAAUCAGCCUGAAUUCUGCUGGCCAGUGAAGGAGAAUUAUUUCAAAGCAAAUAUGAGUGAUAUAUUAAUAUUGGUUUUAUUUUUGUGGAAACAAAAAUGGGUACCUCCACGGUUUUAAUUGGAAUUAAAACCAUGCGUUACUGAAGUUGUCUCAGAGGUAGUUGGAUUGUCUGAGAUGGAGUGGCAUGUCUGGCAUCCACGAAAAAAAAAGUAUCUGUAAAUGCCCAAUGGAAGAAAAAUAAAAGAAAAUAUAUAUAUACGACUUCCCUUCAACCUUGACUGCGUGGAUGUUUUCUGAGAACUGUCUUCAGCAAGCAAACCAUGAAGCCCACGGUCAUAACUGACCUGUGGAGUGGUGGUACCUCUGCCCUUCAUAACCAGGGGUC